UAAGUGAUUUUUACUGUAAAUAAAUACUGUAUAUAUUUUUUAUGUACAUUUGUAGGUUUUAACUUUCUAUUCUCCUAAAGAUUUCUAAAUUGCAUUUUGCGCGUUUCAAAGUAAUUCAAAGCAGGGGUGAGGUGGGGUCGAAAAUGGUGUUAGAAUAAUUUUUGUGAGUUUAUCCCAGUGGUUUAUCCAGUCACAAAACGCAGCUCAGUGUUUCGGUGCUUGGUAACCGAGUCUUGAAGUUUCCGAACUAAAAAAAAAUAGUAAAAUUUGAAGAAAUAGUGAAAAAAAUCCUUUUAUCAUGUUUUAUAAACUAUUUGAUUAUGGAUAAAGAAUUGCAGAAAUUUCUAAAAGGGUUGGAAAAGAGCAAACAGAAAGCCAGGAAAAAUAAUGAUUUCGCUGAAGAAGCAAAGUUAUGCAAUGUUGCUGGAGAGAAACUGGCUGAACACAGGUUAUAUGAACAAGCAAUUGAAGAACACCAAAGAGAAUUAACACUAUCAGAAUGUAUUGGAGACUCCAUUGCAGUAGCAAUCUCACAUCGAAAACUUGGAGAGUGCCUAUGUGAACUUCAAAAUUUUGAGCAAGCUUUGUUUCAUCAAAAAGAAUAUUUAUUGCUUUCCAGAAAGGCAUCAAAUAUUGUUGAGGAACAGCGUGCAUUGGCAACAAUUGGACGAACUUAUUUCGUUUCAGCUAUGGAAACUUCUGGUAUGACAAAGGCAAAAACUGCAUUCUUGGAAAGUUUGGCAUUGUGUGACCAACUUCGAAAUAUUGUGACAGAAAAAGAGUUGUUGGAAAUGAGAGCGAGACUAUAUUUGAAUCUUGGUCUAGUUAAUAAUCAUCUUAGAAACAGCAAGAAAUGUAUGAAGUAUAUUGAAAAAGCAUUAGCAAUCGCAACCAGUCAAAACCUAAAAGAUACUGAAUACAGAUGUCAUUUUUCUCUUGGAGAGAUAAAACGUGAUGAAAAUCAUCCAGCAGAAGCUCUGCAAUGUUUUGUACAAGCAAGAAAAGUUGCUCAGCAUCAGGGGAAAAAAUUUGAUGAAGCAGAUACACUUGUUCAGAUGGGACAGGUACUUCUUCGUUUAGGUGACUUUAAAGCUGCAAAAAAUAUCUUGAAGAAGUGUUUUAAAACCAUGAAGCAUGAAAAUAUUAUAAAUGAACUACGUUUGCAUUUCGUCAAUGCUAUCAAGGGCACUCGACUAUUAGAACGAAUAGAAAACUUCAAACCUGGUGUUGAAGAAGAGACCCAAAUGAAAACAUAUGAAGAUCUUGGAGAUUUGUACUACGAUGUAAAAUGCCCAAAAGCAGCUAUUAAUAGUUAUUUGAAGCAGAACAAACUUGCUAACAGACUGAAAAUAUCAGGCAAAGAGAGUGCGAAGAUUUAUGAAUCAAUUGCUUUGUCCUAUUUUAAGGAUAAACAAUAUGAAAAGUCCAAAGAAUAUUUUGGUUUAGAACUAGAGUUUCAAGAAGAGGAACCACUUAAACGGUUUGAUACCUGGUGUAAUAUUGCUGUAAUGUCAAAGUUGGCUGGUGAUUCUGAUGACGAAAUAGAAAAAGCAUUAGAUAAUGCCUUGAAGUGUGCUGAGAAGUGUCAGAAUGGUCCAGGAAAGCCUAAUUUACUUGAAACUCUAUCAGAUGUCAGAGAAAAACUGGCAAAGUCUGAUAACAAUGAAGAAUUAUUUCAGUUAAUGGAAGACAAAUUUAUCCACCCUGAGGAAGACAGUGAGGCUAGCGAAAGUUACUCUGAGGAGCAAUCUUGUGGAGAUGACGAUAAUUUGAUUGCAGAGGAAAUGGAAUUUUCUGACUCAGAUGAAGAAAAUGACUCAGACAAGACCCCUGCAGCAAGAUCUAAACGAAAGUCAGUUUGUAAACGUAACGAAAAAGGUGAAACACUCCUCCAUGUUGCAGCAAUCAAGGAUGACUAUAAUCUUGCUAAAACCAGCAUUGAAAAAGGGAUUAGCGUCCAUGAACGCGAUUAUUUUGGCUGGCAACCUCUUCACGAGGCAUGUAACUAUGGUAAUACGAAAAUCGUGGAAUUAUUGCUGGAUAAUGGAGCAGAUAUUAAUGAUCCAGGUGGACCUCACUGCCGAGGGAUGACCCCCCUGCAUGAUGCCACACAGAACGGGCAUAUUGAUGUUGUAAAACUGUUAGUGUCCCGUGGAGCGUCAGUAAGUGAGCAAAACGAGGACGGCGAUACUGCACUUGACUGUGUUUUAAAUUCCAAAGACGAUGUGGAUGAUGAUUUGGAUGAUGAUUUGGAUGACGAAUCUGACUCGGAAAUAUCUGAAGUCCGUGAAGAACUUGUUCAAAUUCUAACAAAUGCUGUGAGUUCUGGUAAACAUCAACCAAGAAAAGUUCCUGAAUUGAGAAGAAGAGAUAAGCUUUACUUUUCUGACGAGAGCGAUGAAGAGUUGACGCCAAACUCAUCAGACAGCGUUUACAGAAAUACUGCGAAAAUUUCACGAAAACGAAAAAGUGUUUUACUGGAAGAGAGCGACGAGGAGAGCUCCCACUCAUGUUCUCGGAAUUUUGAUAAAAAUAAACCAAAAGAUAGUAAAGUUUCAAAAAAAUCCGAGUCCUGGUUCGAUGAGGAUAGUCAAAGUAACGAUAGUGGGGGUUGUAUGGGGAUAACUAGGAUUGAUUCAGAUCACAGUGAGACAUCUCGUGAUGAUUUUCAUGACUCACAAGGAAUAAACGAAAGCUUACACAGCCCUGAAGCUGCAAGUACGUUUGUUAGUAAACCCACAUCAUGUUUACCGCAGCAACCAAGACUGGUGCUCUACGUCCAUUAUUUGAGGCAACUCGUACAAGAAUUGCUCCAAACCAUCCUCCAUCAUCAAACAACGACAACACAAGAUUCUGUUCUCUAUCAACGAAAAAUACUACAAACGCCACGUCCAUUUCAGGCACUCCUAAUAUAGUCUAGAACAACUAAUGAUAUUUCUAAAACAAGAAGCAGCCUAACUUCAAACAGCGUAAUUUCUGGAACAUUUCCUAGAAAUGCUUAUGUUGAUCCUAUGACUGGUAGCACUCAGGAAGAACGCCUGAAGACGAGUCAGGCAGCCUUAGUAUCUGAAACAGAGUACGUCACAAGUGCAACAGAUGCUUGGCUUGUUGAUGAUAUGCCGAAGAAGAGUGGAAAACGAAAGCGAUCGGGGAAUAUACUGAGCAUGCUUAAUCGUUCAGUGUCCCCACGUGACAGCCCUGCCUCCUCGCGCAUGCACAGUGGAUCAACACGUACGAUCGGUUCCGACACUCAGCGACCAAUCUUACCAACAUCAACGCAAAAAGAACACAGCCGUAGAAACAAUAACAGAACAAGAUUACGACAAACUCAAAUCAACGUUGUCAGCGGUCGCUCAUCACCCAAUGACUCGUGGGACAGUACGCCACCUGAGUCUGCGACAACGUCUUGGUCCAGCGGUGUUUCAUCUACCCCGGAUACACGAACACCGAUGAGAUUACGAGUGAAGAUAAAAGAGAAAAUGUUUCUUAUUCCGUGUCCAAGUGUCCCUGGGGAGAGGAAGAAUGUUAAAUGGUUGGCUGAACAGGCGACACUUCGUUAUCAUUCUAACACUGGUUUAAAACCCGUAUUAUCCCUGUUUACUACUGAAGGAGCUGCGCUAUCCCCAGAUGACCUCAUUACAGACGUAUUGUCGAAUAACGAGCAAGUAAAUGCUACCGUAGAGAACUGGGACCUUCCUCCGUUAAGAAAACGUUACGAGGAUGCGUGUGUCAUGGCCAAUACAGAAGUUCUUCCUGCGAUCAUUCGUAUCUUUGAAGGAGACCCUCACAUUUCAAAUGUUCAACUAAAUGACAUGUCACUCACGUCUUCAAUGUGUCGUCCAAUAUUUCGGGCUCUCCAAUGUCAUGAUCAAGUAACGAGACUAGUUUUGUCUGGAAACAAAAUAUGUGACGAUGGUCUACAAGAUUUAAUUGCGUCAAUGCAAUAUCUUCCCAAUCUCUUCGCUCUUAUUCUCAGUUGUAACGGAAUAACUUAUAAAGGAUUGCAAAAGCUCGCUUCUUCUUUAACCCAAGACGAGAAGAUCUCCAAAUCUUGGUCGAAUCUCAAGCAGUUGGAUUUUUCGUUUAAUACUAUCACGGAUCACAGCUCGCCCAGCCUCGCUACCAUGCUUCGUUUCUGCCCAGGUCUGCAGAUAUUAAAUCUUGAAUCUUGUGGUUUGGGUGGAAAUACCUUUCAUCAACGAAGUACCACAGUCGAGGCUUUACAAGGUUUGAGACAACUGCACGAUUUAAAUAUUUCACACAAUCAAAUUCCCAGCAAGGGAUUGUCUCAUUUACUUACGGCCUGCAGUUCUGUUGUAUCUUUAAACCUAUCCUCACUUGUGUUAUCUCACGAUCACGCUUUUGCGGAUGUCAUAACCCAGUCGUUAGACGAGAAUAGCUGUUGUGUCAAAAGACUGAUUUGUCGUGAUUGUUGCCUUGAAGAUGAACACACCAAGUUACUAUCCAGAACUGAGAGGAUGUUCACAUCACUUUGUGAGCUUGACCUCGGACAGAACAAUAUUACAAACAAAGGUGUCUUUGAGCUUUUCAGGGCUCUAAUGACCAAUCGACAUUUCACGCAUCUUAAAUUAUCUGGAAAUACUGAAAUAACGAAUGAGAGUUUAUUGAAAUUACUGACACUUCCGAAGCUACAACACUUGACUUUAUCAUCCUGUGGUCUUACCUCGCCACUACAAUUAGUCAAUGAUGUCAACAACUUAUUUGCAAAACAUAUCAAAUACCUAGACUUAUCUUAUAAUUCUAUUAAUGAACUGGAUGUAGCAACUCUUCAAAGCUCAUGGAGGUCGAAAUGGAGAGAACAAAGUCUAGUGUCCAUCAAUAAUUCAAAUAUAAUAUUAUCUGUACGCGGUUACGAAGAUUAACACCUCGUAUGUGGUACCACCAAGCCACCAACAGCGUUCUUACACGAGACCUGUUUUCAGGGACAAGAUGCAUUGCAAAUAAGGUUUUGCGAGAUU